CUGCGACAUUUCAGGAAGUGUAGGUUGUUAUACUGUAUCGAUGUACUGUGUGAAAAGGAUGAUUACUGGUGUUGUUAUUCUUCCUGGGCAGUUAGGGGUCCAGUAGAAGUACCCUGUGUUUAGGUCUUUCUGCUUCAGAAUGUUGGGUACGGUGUGACACAAAAUGUCAGCGGCAGCUGCUGAUUGUUCUGAAAAUUCAUUAGAUGAUGGUGAUUCAUUUAACUGUGUGGAUGGGUUGUUGUCCAGUUCAUUUGGAGGAGAUUUAUCCCAGGUUAAGGUGAAGGAAGAACAUGCAGAAGUGACAGAAGUAGAAGUAUGCUGUAUUAUUGAUGGAGCAGACCUUUCAGUGGAUGGGGAGAAUGCUGCUAGCAACAGUGCAGAUGAGCCUGAACGAAAACGGAAGAAGGGGCCAGCCCCAAAGAUGCUAGGGAAUGAAGUUUGCAGUGUGUGUGGUGACAAGGCUUCAGGAUUUCACUACAAUGUUCUCAGUUGUGAGGGAUGCAAGGGCUUCUUCCGCCGUAGUGUAAUCAAGAAUGCUACAUACCUUUGCAAGAAUGGAGGUCUCUGUGAAAUGGACACCUACAUGAGGAGAAAGUGCCAACAGUGCCGACUACGGAAAUGCAAGGAAGCUGGCAUGAGGGAACAGUGUGUGUUAUCAGAAGAACAGAUCCGCAACAAAAAGAUGAAAAAACAGGAGGAGGAGGUUGUGCGGACCAGUGUAAUUACUCAGCAGUCCCCAUUCCCACUGCAGGACAUUGUGCAGCUGACACCCCAGCAAGAAGAAAUGAUUCAGCAGUUAGUGUCAGCCCAGCAGCAGUGCAAUAAGCGGUCAUUCAGUGAUGAACCAAAAGUCACACCUUGGCCGCAAAACAGUGACCCCAACAGCCGUGAAGCACGGCAACAGCGUUUUGCACAUUUCACUGAGCUUGCCAUCAUUUCUGUCCAAGAGAUUGUUGAUUUUGCCAAACAAGUCCCUGGAUUUUUGGAACUUUCACGAGAGGACCAGAUUGCUUUACUGAAGGCAUCAACCAUUGAGAUAAUGCUACUAGAGACAGCAAGACGCUACAAUCAAGAAGAUGAAUGCAUCACUUUUUUGAAGGACUUUACUUAUAGCAAGGAUGAUUUUCAUCGUGCAGGAUUACAGGUGGAGUUUAUAAAUCCUAUUUUUGAAUUCUCUCGGACAAUGAGGCAGCUACAGUUAGAUGAUGCAGAAUAUGCGCUUCUUAUCGCCAUUAACAUAUUUUCUGCUGACCGACCGAAUGUACAAAACCGCCAGCUUGUGGAAAGCCUUCAACUGCCAUAUGUGGACGCUCUUCACUUAUAUACACGAAUCAAGAGGCCACAGGAUCACCUGAUGUUCCCACGGAUGUUAAUGAAACUUGUCAGCCUGCGUACUCUAAGUAGUGUGCACUCCGAGCAGGUCUUUGCACUGAGACUUCAGGACAAAAAGCUUCCCCCUCUACUGUCAGAGAUCUGGGAUGUUCAUGAGUAACAGUAAAAUAACCACAAGUAUUUUUCUUUCAGACUGUGUAGAGUAAACAUGAUACAUGACUGGAAUCUGUCGGGUAGGAUCAGCAAGUGCCUCACUGAAGUGCCACACCCAUGCCAGUCUUGUUGAAUGUCUUUGUUAGAGACGUGGUCCCUGAGCACAGAAAAAUUCUUUUUGUUGAGGCACUUGUCUAUCCAGAAAUAGCCAGGCUGAGAUACCUGUCUGGAUCCUAUCAUGGAAACAGAAAAACUGCCGCUACUGUUCUCAGUUCCGCUACUUGAAAUUGUUUCAUACAUGGACUGUUUCUUGUUUUGAAACCAUGAUUUUUUUUCAGGUGAAAAAAAAAUAAGUCUAUAAUUCUGUAUAGAUACGUAAAUAAUACAUACGUAUAAAAACCUAAUUCUGUAGAGAAUGCCAUGUAAUACAUGUUUCACUGCUGUAAUCACAUGGGUUAAAGAAGGGAAUUUGAACAAGAUAGCAGCAAAAAGUAUCUGAAGUGGAAUCCUAACCUUAUCAGUGCACAUACGUUGUAAAACUUGUACACACAUUUUUGUUCUCACAAAUGUGUGACCUUCCAAAAAUAAACACUUAAGUAGCAGUGAAAAUUAAGCACAUGAUGUGUUUAUACAUGGUCACUUAAUCCCUCCUAUGGAGAUGGAAUCCCUGCUGUCAGUGGAAUGAGUAAGUUAACAAUAACCAGCACUUAAACAUAGUUGUAUAUUUGAAGGUGUAUUCACAGGACGUAGUGUCCACAAAAAAUAUUUCAAACCAGCUGCUUAUUGUGCUCGUUCUACCAGGAGUUUUGGAGCAGGUCAUCCCUCCAGAAAUUUGGUGGUUAUAUUGUGUUUUUUUUUAGUAGUGGGGAAAAAUAAAAACUCUGUCAAAAAGAUUUACAGGCGAGCAUCUGAGAAAGUUUUAUGCAUUUUAGAUUAUAUUUUUAUUGAUCAAAAUAGUUAUGUUUGUGAGCUUUAACACCUCAGAUUUUUACUAGUGCUUAACUUCUAUGCAUACUUUUGCAUGCGGAUCUGCUGUUUUUUCCUAGAUCCUAGGAGAGGCUAACUUUAUUGUGUUAGAUUUACAUGAUAUGCAGAUAACAGAAGUACUUACUGAAAACUGACGUAGCUCUUUAUGACUAGGGCUGACCAUCGGCAGAUGUGUAACCAGCAGCAUGUCUGCAGACGUUUAAAAUUUACUCCAGGUCCCAGUUGCAGUACAAACGUUAGGUUUAUUGACAGUCCUGUCUGUGUCAGCACUGUCCUUGGAAAUGUAAUGCCAGUGACAUUAAUAUGUACCACACUGUUAAUUUAAUAAAAAAUAUAAAUAAAAUGCUGUUAGUGUUUUA